UUUUGUUAAGAUUAGAUUGUUUUUUUCAAAACUUUCAGCCGGUGCCUCAUAUUUUUUUUCAUUUUAAUGCUAUGCAUCUUUUUCUUCUUCACAACGAGAUACCUACAUCACCAAAUAAAUUUAUUCCAAGUAAUUCCUCUUUUAGUACUGGAAGUUCUUCUAGUAGCGUAAUGAGUAUUAACGAACACCAACAAAUUACAACAAAUUUAAAACGUAGUGGUUCUGCAGUUAUUAGAGCUAGAUUUGAACCAGAAGUUGAUGGGGUGAAUAGAUACAAACAUUUCCAUAGGCCAAUGCUUCCCUCACCAACAGCUGGUUUGUCUAACAACCACCACCUUCAACUAUACAACGGAAAAGAAGAAUAUUAUGUAGACGACGGACAAAGUAUUGACAAAACAUCUCCACGUCGACGUCGUUCCACGUCAAAACGUCUUUCAAAAAUUCCAACAUCAACUACGACUUUAAAUAAUGGAGCUGGUUCUUGCAGUAUUUUACCAUUAAUUAAGGGAAUAAAAGUUGUCGAUAAAAGCAAUAAUAUUAAAAGAAGACAAAGCCAAGAUAGAGCUAAAUCUUCUAAUGGCCUAGAAACAACAGGUCUUAAGCCAAUAAUUUCCACAGCAGAAAGGCGAAGUAGUUCAUUUGCUGCUUUACCAGUUAUCGAAAAUUGUGUAAAACAAAAAUUAAUUGAAAAACCACAAAAAGAAAUUUCAAAACGUGAAAAAAGUGUAGAAAAUAUACGAGGGAAAGUUGGAGGAGGAAAUACAAAAUUGGAUGAAGUAACAACUGUAAGAGUUCGUCGACGUAUAAUUAUUAGCGAUUCACAACAGAAAAAAUCUGCUUUCAAUAAAAACAUUUCAUUAGACUCCUCUUCAAGUGGGCCGGCAGGUGUUUCUCACCCGAAACCUCCCAUCAAAAGAAAGCCAAAUAAAAAGGUCAAAAAAUUAAUUGGAGAAUCUGUGGGAACACAAACAGAAAAUGAGGUUUGUAUAUCAACGGACGAGACUUCGCAAACAACAGAAACUGAAACAAUAAAACAAGAACAAAAGAAGGAAAUAGACACACAAAUGCCCCAAACAAGUAAAACAACAAUUGUUGUUCCAAGAGCAACACAAACAGAUCAAAAUUCCUUAUUUAAUCAAGUGACCGGUGGAGGGACUACAAGCAAUCGAUCGAGUAUGGAACAACGUAUUCAACUUCUUGCCAUAAUUGAACAUGCAUUAGAUGAAACUAUUGAUAAAGAAUCAAGACUUAGAACUAAUGAAUUUAUCGCCUCGACUGCCCGAAAACAAGCUCAAAUUUGGAGAGAUGCAAAACAAUUCGUUGCUUUAAACCUUCUCCCUCAAAGUAUUGAAUUAGCAAAUCAUACACGACAAUUAAGCCGCGAGAGUUCUCUUCGCUCCUACGAACGAGCACUCAGAAAUAUCCAUUUACCCUAAAAUUAAUUUUUUCUAAAAGAAGAAACAUUUCUUUCUCUAUUUAAAAAAAACAAAUACAAGAGAAGUGCCUUGUGAAAUAGAAAGAAAAAACAAAUAAAAAAACGAUUAUAAAAUGAACGCAAUAAAAAUGAUAAAUAAAAUAAAGACAAAAAUAAAUAUAAUAAAUUUUUUAGGGAAAAAAUGGCAAUCCAUUUUUGUAUUU